CAACUCUGCCCCAAAAUUUCUCUUUUCUUCUCUCAAACCCUUUAUCUGAUUUCUUGGUUUUUCGACAUUUUCCAUCAAUCUUCAUGGAAAUGGAGGAUCAUCAUCGUCAAUAUGGCUUAUCGGAUCUCAGGCAACUCAUCAACGGUAGGCCGACAACGCAUUUCCAACCAAUCCCACAAGUUUCCGAGUUGUUUUCCGGCCACCGGAAUCUGCUGCCACAACCUCACCAUCAUUUGGAGAUGAUGCAAAUGGUGGGUACUCGUCAAAUGAGUGACUUGCUGCCUCUAGGGCUGCACGAGAUUCCAGUGGAAUCUAGUGCUAACGCCGCCACUGCUGCUGUUGCUGUCACUAGUGCUUCAACUCCAAGUAGUGUGAAUGGGUUUGACGGGGAAGGCGGUGGGUUUGGGGGUGAUGGUGGGACAGGAAGAUGGCCAAGACAGGAGACUUUAACACUUCUUGAGAUCAGAUCUCGUCUUGAUCCCAAGUUCAAGGAGGCUAAUCAAAAGGGUCCUUUGUGGGAUGAAGUAUCGAGAAUCAUGUCAGAAGAACAUGGGUACCAAAGGACUGGAAAGAAAUGUAGGGAGAAGUUUGAGAACUUGUACAAGUAUUAUAAGAAGACUAAAGAAGGGAAAGCAGGAAGACAAGAUGGUAAGCAUUAUAGAUUCUUCCGGCAACUUGAAGCUCUCUAUGGAGACACCAGCAGUUCAGUUCCAAUACCGGAAUCUGAUCACCUUAUUGGAACCAGUUUCCGGUUUCAUGGUAAUCCAAACUCCAACAGUUCGACUCAAGAGGGGUAUCACUCUCAAAAGCUGUGUGACAGCCUCAGCCUCUCCAAUAAUUCAUCCGACUUCCACACAUCUUCUUCGGAUGACAAUGAUCUGAGCACUGCUGCGGGAAUGGAGAAUGAUUCGAGGAAAAGGAGGAGAAGUGGGAGGAGCUGGAAGGUGAAGAUAAAAGAGUUUAUAGACGUGCAAAUGAGGAAGCUGAUGGAGAGGCAAGAGGCAUGGUUGGAGAGACUGACAAAGACUCUCGAGCAAAAGGAACAAGAGAGGAUGUUAAGAGAGGAAGAAUGGAGGAAACAGGAAGCUGAGAGAAUAGAUAGGGAGCACAAGUUUUGGGCUAAGGAAAGAGCAUGGAUUGAAGCACGAGAUGCUGCUUUGAUGGAGGCAUUGCAGACUUUGAAUGGAAGACAGGUUAAGGCUUCCUCACCAGAGGAGCUAAUGGUGGGGGAAGUUCAAAACCACAGUGAAAACCAGAAUGAGAAUGGAAGUGAGAUAAUGAACAACUCCGGGAAGGAGGACGGAUGGGGGGAAGCUGAGAUUACGAGGCUAAUUCAACUGAGAAGCAGCAUGAAAUUGAGGUUUGAUCAAAGUGGAGGGUGCUCGGAGGAGAUUCUGUGGGAGGAGAUAGCUUCAAAGUUGGCUUGCUUGGGCUAUGAGAAGAGUGGUUCAAUGUGCAAAGAGAAAUGGGAUGAAAUAAACAACUUUCUGAAGAAAAAGAAAAGCAAGGAGUUUUCAAUUUCUGGUCCUUAUUAUUCAAACAAUGAGUCUAUAUACAAUCCAACAGGAGGAGGUUACUGCGAAAUCAAUGAUCAAGCUGGGACUUCUCCACCAAAUUCUAAUAUUGGUAAUGCAGUGAAUGAUAGCUGCUUUAGGUUCUUGAUGACUGAUGGAGAGAACUUGUGGGAAAAUUAUGGGUUGAAGCUUAACAAGGGAGAAAAUCAGUAAGUUGAUCGAAAACAUUGCAGGAGAUAAGUAAUUAACCGUAAGAAGCGAUUUGAUCUAAGUGUGACAAUAUUUCUCUUUUGAAGGAAGGAUUGCAUGCAGUUAUGAAUGCAUGACCAAGGAGAAGCUAAGCCGAGGAAAUUGUGGUUGUUUUGUGAUAUCUUAGGACAUCGAUCCUUAAUUAAGGUAAAAAAAAAAAAAUUGAUGGGUUUGAUAUCCAUUAAUUGUGUGUGUUUUCAUAAUGUGUCUCCAUGUAUUGGAUUGACUUGCAUUGUGAAGAAAAUUGAAGGACUUGAAUUUAAUUAGUACUCAAGAAGGAGAUUUUGCAUCAGUUUGUAUGUUAGGGUUAGUAUUAACUUUUUGUAGCAAGAAAAAGGUGAGUACAGCAUGCAGAUAAAGGCCUAGCCUUUCU